AACGUCAAAUGUCAUUUUCGUUUUACAAAACGUGACUUUUCUUCCGGUGAAUAAAUUUCUUAUAAAUCGUAAAAAACAUGGUUAACAUAACCGAAAACCAAAUUCGCAAUAUUGGCAAGGUACUUGUAGACGAAAAGCGACCAUUAAAGGAACGCUUUCGUGCUCUUUUCACCCUACGCAAUCUAGGGGGCCCAGUCUCCAUCGAAUGCAUCAAAAACUGCUUCAGUGACAGCUCAGCCUUACUAAAACACGAACUAGCGUACUGUUUAGGCCAAAUGCAAGACCCGCUCGCCAUUUCCACACUAAAACAAGUAUUAGAAGACUCGAAACAGGAACCAAUGGUUCGCCAUGAAGCAGCUGAAGCUUUAGGCGCGAUUGGAUCACCAGAAGCCCUUGAUAUUUUACAAAAAUACAAAUCAGACCCUGUGGUGGAAGUGGCAGAAACUUGUGAACUAGCCCUCGAACGAAUAAAGUGGCUUCAAGGCCCUGAAAACACGAACACGGACGUGAAAAGCCCGUACAAUUCAGUUGAUCCGGCGCCCCCGGCGCCUAGUAGCAACGUAGACGAACUUAAAGCCGUUCUUUUGGAUGCGAAUGCGUCUCUGUUUGAGCGGUACAGGGCGAUGUUUUCGUUGCGAAAUUUGCGGAGUCAGGAGGCUGUUGUGGCGCUGGGGGCGGGUUUAAAGUGUGGAAGUGCGUUGUUCAGGCAUGAAGUGGCGUUUGUUUUGGGGCAGCUGCAGGAUGAGGUCGGGGUGCCUUUUUUGAGAGAGAGUUUGGAGGAUUGUAGUGAGAAUGAGAUGGUGAGGCAUGAGUGUGCGGAAGCUUUGGGGGCUAUUGCGACUGAGGAUUGUAUAAAUGUUUUGAAUAAGUAUUUAGGGGAUGAUAAGAGGGUGGUUAAGGAGAGUUGUGAGAUUGCGUUGGAUAUGUGCGAGUAUGAGAAUAGUCCGGAAUUCCAGUAUGCGAAUGCGUUGCAAGUUGCAUAAGUUAAAUAAAUUUACAAACGUGAUAUUUUAUGUUGUAUAUGAUUUAAUAAACGAGAUUUAUUUGU